CGCAAGGCGGAGCGCAGCGGCCGUUUGAAUUCCGGCGGGCGGCUGCUGCCGUCUCUCGCAGGGAUGGCGGUGCUGCGGCCCUACGACAAGCUCCCGACCCUCAACACUGCAGCCCUCCUGAUCGUGGGCACGGACGAGGGGCUCCAGCAGAAGUUGGCAGAGGCGAUCCUCCAGGACAAGAAGGACUUCAACAUCAGCAUWCACCUUGCUACAUCCCUCCCCUUACCAUCAGAAAGGGAUCAUCUUCGACCCAGGAUAGAUCUGAUUGUGUUUAUGAUUGACAUCAAGAGCAAAUACAGCUUGAAGAAUGUCGAAACUUCCCUAGCUUAUGUGGAUGCCAGCUUCUUCCUGGGGAAAGUAUGCUUUCUUGUCACUGGAGUUGGCAGAUUGAAUUCUUGCAGCGUUGACACGAACGUUAUCUGUAAAUUAGGCGAAACCUACAACAGUCCUGUGCUAUUCUGUGAGCUGGAGCUGGAAGGGGUACGAGUGGCCACUGCUCAACGACUUCUCCGAAUGUUACAGAUCUGUGCUGGUCACAUACCAGGAGUUUCUGCCUUGUCCUUUGUCUCACUGAUGAGGAACUCUUAUGAUUAUUAGCUUCUUAUUGUGAUAAUUCAGCCACAUCUAUCAGUUUUUUUUCACUUCAGGCAUUCAAACUGCAGCAGUUGGAAUCACAUUGGGAAGCUUUUUGCACGACUUUUUUGCAUCACUCAUCCAGAACUAUUCCCAGUUGUUYAUCUCUCAAGAAAAGUUUGAUUCCUAUUCAGUGGAUAAAAGGUGCUACGGAGAGGGCAGUUUGGGAUUCCUAUYCAUUAUUACAUCUGAAUCCCAUUUCAUGAUCAAAUUUGAGUUUUUUCCCCUUGGCCUGUGGCCAGGAGCUACUUGUUUUUCUGAGAGCAUUAGAAGAACAGGCCACUCUCUCUGAAGUACCAGAGAAGAGGCAGCAGGCUCCUGCUUUCUUUCAGCUAAAAUGCAGCACCUUAGACUAAUGUGAAGCCUUGCUGCCAGGUUUUGUCUGUCCACCAAGAGAAGAAUGGUGAAGGAAGGCUGGCUUGCGACUUCUACAUAGACUGCACUUGGCAGUUAAUGAUCCAGCUGUGUGAGCAUCUGCCCUGCAAAGGACUCAGUAUUUCCAUGCCUGAUACCUAACUGGGAAGGAAGAGACUAAAGAAGAUAAUCAAUCUAGCAUUUAAGCUUUCUUUUAGAUCUUUGAAGAAAAAGACUCCACCUGCUAAGCCCAAGACAGCCCCAGUAACCCAGUCUGGAGCUGACUAGAGGUGGAACGCAGCAGACCGGACCCCAGCAGCACACAGAAAACAGAUUGUCUCUGCAGGUUUUGCAUAUGCUGUGUAUAAUCCCUCUACUAACAGGUUCUUAUCAGCAGUCAGUUGUUCCUUAUGCUUACUGCAAGUCACUAGGAUUUGAGGGUUCUAAUUUAAUAAAAUAAAUAAUAUUUAA